AUCAUUGCAUGUGGCAUAAGGCCUUUAAGCCUCAAUGCAUUUUCACGAAGGUGUAAGUCUCUUAUGGUCCAUAGAUGACACAAAUCUUGAGGCUAUAAGUUAGAGUCUUACCUCAAAGCAACCUUUUAUAACAUUGAAUGUAGUAUUCUUAAAAAAGGGCUUGCCGGAGUGUGCUUGAUGUGUCAAACAUGCCAUGAAAGCACAACUUGCAUCUAAUUUCUUUGGAGAUCUCCUGGAUUCCGUGAUUGUUGAUGUUGCAUCGGAAUGCCAUCGAAUAGCAAGGCUAGGUCUUGAUCGUAACUUAGAAGAGGAAGAAGAAGAAUUAAGACUUUCGGCACAGGCGCGAGUAAGAAUAGCUGAUUCUAGCAAUAGUAGUGAAGCAAACAGCAAAUAUGUAGUUGAUAUUUUUGGACAAAAUCAUCCUUCUGUUGCAAGCGAAAUAUUUGAUUGCAUGAAUUGUGGUCGAUCAAUUGUGGCUGGGAGAUUUGCCCCGCAUUUAGAGAAAUGCAUGGGAAGGGGUAGAAAGGCUCGUCUCAAAGUGACAAGAAGUAGUACAGCUACACAGAGCCGGUAUUCACAAGGCAGUUCUGUUUCUGCAUAUUCUCCUUAUCCUAAUUCCACCAGCACAAAUCGCUUACCUAAUGGAACAUCUAGUCUUGCAGGGGGCGAGUACUCAAAUGGUCCAUCCGGAGAGCCAUGAACAACAGUGCAAUGGCUGAGUUAUUUCAAUUUAGGAAAACAUACUGUAAUCUGUGCUUGCAGGAAUUUAAUGAUAUCUCCUGUCAUGUUUUUAUUUUAAAUGACUUCUUUGUUUGGGUUAUCAUUACAUGGGAAAAAAUAUGUUAUGUUUGGAAUCUGGAUGUAUUAUGGGUUCGUUACUUUCGUCUGUUCCAAAUUUUGACGCUGAAGAUCUUGUACAGAAGUUCGAAGAAAGGAAGUUAAGUGCGACUCUAAUGUCAUUUCUUUACCUUGAAAUGUAAUUAGAAAAUUGAGUUCAAUUGGUCAAUCUGGAUAUUAUUUC